AAUUGGAGAGAGUGCUUGCUCCUUAGUCCUCAGACAUGAUGUCUCUGGAAAACUAUUCUCUCCGCCCCCUACAACAACACCACCACUCCUUAGAUUGGGAUCUACACAGCAACAUUAAUGGAGUCGAGUAUUUCCAUGAACUCAUUCCUUUGGAUUGGGAGUCUCCGAUGUCGUCGGAGGCGUCCACCGGGUACCUGCAAGACGCGGUGGCCGAAUGGGAGGACCGGUGCAAGCGGCGGAGAACGACGGCGGCGGUGGCGGUCGCAGCGGCGGUGCCGCAUCGCGAUUGCACUUCGGUUGGGAUGAAUGAAGAGCUCCUGGAUCUUCUUCAAAAUUUUUGGGAUUCUAGCAACCAUGAUGAUCAUCAUCCUUUGGAUGGUUUGAAUUGUGUGAGCCAAGAGAAAUUUGCUGGUACAGAUCAUGAUGCUGCAAAUCCCAAGCUUUUAUCAUUGAAGGGCCACACCAUGCAACAAGUGUCAGGGAAAAAGCUCCAAGAAGAGAGAGGAGGAGCUUCACCACCAAAUCCCAAAGAAAAAGAUACCAACUAUGCUUCUGUAGAGUCAAAUUCUACUCAUCCCUCCACACUCAAAUAUUUGGCACCAAGAGGGAGCGAGAGCCAGAGGUGUAAGAAAAAGAAAGGCACGGGGGUGGCGUAUCCGUUCGCGGUGGUGAAGCCCGGCGGGCUGGAGGGGGACGUGACGCUGCACGACAUCAACGAGAGGAUCCUCAUGCGGCCCGCCCGACCCGUCCGGCACCCGGUCGGGGAGUUUGCGCCCGGCCCGUGCGUGUCGGCCCGCGGGCCGGGUUUGUCCGGCAAAGCUGUAGUGAGCCUCACCAGGAUCCAUACAAGAGGGAGGGGCACUAUUACAAUUAUCAGAACAAGAGGAUAAACCUUUUCCCCUUUUUUUCCCCCUUUUUGCAUUGAUAUAUACAUGUAUAUUUAAGAUAUA